UCUUAAAAUUUUUUAAUGUUUCCAUUAGCAACACUUGUCAGUAUGAUUGUGAUUCAUAUGAUCACAUUGCAGCUUCCUUGUGACAUUAGUUAUAAAAUGUUGGAUUAGGGUUUUAUUCUUCAAAGCAGAAGAAGAAUCAAGUCUCAACUAAUAGACUCACCAAAAUGAUACAUCACUGGCCCCCUUCCACCAAAGGCUGCUCCAGUUUAGAGUUAAGAAAUGCCCUGUGCUCGAUCUGCUGAAGUUCAUCUGUUCUAUACAAUUAAUGGGUGGAUUAUUUGCCCCAUAGCCUAUUGAAGGCCCCCACACUGUUAGUGCCUCACUCUCACUGGGCUUUUGAUCAUGUUCCCGCUCACUAGUAUCUUCACCUGUGAGGAUGGGCAAGAAAAGAAAGGGAGGGAACUUGCUUAAUGUCUUUUUCUACAUUAAAUUUUAAUAAGGAGGGUAGAAGUUAAUAAACUAAGUUGAGGAGUCUGGAUUGCCUGCCAAUGUCAUCUGCCGAUAGUCCCCAGGCCCGCGCAUCCCAUGGAAAUCAGCAGUCGGCUCGGCUGGUAGGACAGACAUCCCAGCCUCCAAGCUUUGCGCAAAGACAGCAGACGGGAUGAUGGAAGAAAAUCUUCCCCAAUCGUGGGGCCUUUGAGCUUUAUCACAUGCGGUACAGACCGCGCUGGACGUUCGAUCCUGGUCAUUGCUGGCAGCACCGGUCCACUUUCCCAGCGCGGGUCCCUCACACGCUGGAUGCACAGUGUGACUGAGUCCGGGGCACCAGAGGCCCCUUCCCCAAUGUCCCGGGCUCCUCCGGACGACUUAAAACCACAAUGAUCGCGCGAGCUGGGUGACAAAGGAGCAGCAGUGCAGAGAGCUGGCCCAGGAAAAGAGCGCACGGAGCAGCCGAAAAGAGAGGGCUCAGAGCCAAGAUCGCCGGCCCCCUCCAGCCUCAGCCAUGACCCCCGCGGGCCGCCGUAGGUCCCCGCGAGCCGCCGUGAGUCCUGCGGGCCGCCGUAGGAGCGCCGUCCCUCGGCUGCGCUCUCAAGAUGGCUGCCGAGCCCCGCUCCCCCCGGCGCCCUCGCUGAGGUCCCGGCAGCAGGCGAGCGGGGCGAGCCCUGCCUUCCGGCACCAGCGCGGCCUAGAGGCCGGGAGAGGCCGGCCGCCGGCUCCGCACGCACCGUCUCGCGGGGCGGGGCGCCGGGCCCCUUCCGGGGAUGGGCCCCGGCGCCCGAGUCGACCCGACUUGGCCCCGGCUCCUCCCCGCUCGGGCGGGCGCUCCGCCGUGUCCCCGCCCGUCAGUCCGCCCGGCCCGGCUGGCCGCAGACGGGGCCUGGGCGGCCGCACGGGCAGCUCCGAACCCCCGGGCGUCGGGAGGCGUCGGCGCUACCGCCGACCGGCGGCGGGUCCCGGGUUGCGACCCGGCCAGAGCGGAAAGGCGACGACACCAUGUUCUCCCUCAAGCCUCCCAGACCCACCUUCAGGUCCUACCUCCUGCCGCCGCCCCAGACUGACGAUAAGAUUAAUUCGGAACCGAAGAUUAAAAAACUGGAGCCAGUCCUUUUGCCAGGAGAAAUUGUCGUAAAUGAAGUCAAUUUUGUGAGAAAAUGCAUUGCAACGGACACAAGUCAGUACGAUCUGUGGGGAAAGCUGAUCUGCAGUAACUUCAAAAUUUCCUUUAUUACGGAUGACCCGCUGCCGUUACAGAAAUUCCAUUACAGAAACCUUCUUCUUGGUGAACAUGAUGUCCCUUUAACAUGUAUUGAGCAAAUUGUCACAGUAAAUGACCACAAGAGGAAGCAGAAAGUCCUAGGUCCCAACCAGAAACUGAAAUUUAAUCCAACAGAGUUAAUUAUUUACUGUAAAGAUUUCAGAAUUGUCAGAUUUCGCUUUGAUGAAUCAGGUCCUGAAAGUGCCAAAAAGGUAUGCCUUGCAAUAGCUCAUUAUUCCCAGCCAACAGACCUCCAGCUACUCUUUGCAUUUGAAUAUGUUGGGAAAAAAUACCACAAUUCAGCCAGUAAAAUUAAUGGAAUGCCCUCAGGAGGUGGCCGGGGGGCUGGUGGUGGCAGCAUCCAAAACACUCCGCUCUUCGAAACGUACUCAGACUGGGACCGAGAAAUGAAGCGGACAGGUGCUUCCGGAUGGAGAGUUUGUUCUAUUAACGAGGGUUACAUGAUAUCCACUUGCCUUCCAGAAUACUUUGUAGUGCCAAGUUCUUUAGCAGACCAAGACCUGAAGAUCUUUUCCCAUUCUUUUGUUGGAAGAAGGAUGCCACUCUGGUGCUGGAGCCACUCUAAUGGCAGCGCUCUUGUGCGAAUGGCCCUCAUAAAGGACGUGCUGCAACAGAGGAAAAUUGACCAGAGGAUUUGUAAUGCAAUUACUAAAAGUCAUCCACAGAGAAGUGAUGUUUACAAAUCAGAUUUGGAUAAGACCUUGCCCAAUAUCCACGAAAUACAGGCGGCUUUUGUGAAACUUAAGCAACUAUGCGUUAAUGAGCCUUUUGAAGAAACUGAAGAAAAAUGGUUGUCUUCACUGGAAAAUACUCGGUGGUUAGAAUAUGUAAGGGCAUUCCUUAAACAUUCAGCAGAGCUCGUGUACGUUCUAGAAAGCCGACACCUCUCCGUCAUCCUACAAGAGGAGGAGGGAAGAGACUUGAGCUGUAUUGUAGCUUCUCUUGUUCAAGUGAUGCUGGAUCCCCAUUUUAGGACAAUUACAGGAUUUCAGAGUCUGAUCCAGAAGGAGUGGGUCAUGGCCGGAUAUCAGUUCCUAGACAGAUGCAACCACUUAAAGAGAUCCGAGAAAGAGUGUCCCUUAUUUCUGCUGUUCUUGGAUGCCACAUGGCAGCUCCUGGAACAGUACCCGGCGGCCUUCGAGUUCUCGGAGACGUACUUAGCAGUGCUAUACGACAGCACCCGUAUCUCCCUCUUCGGCACCUUCCUCUUCAACUCUCCUCACCAGCGGGUGAAACAAAGCACGGAAUUUGCUAUCAGCAAGAAUAUCCAGUUGGGUGAUGAAAAGGGUCUGAAAUUCCCCUCGGUUUGGGACUGGUCUCUCCAGUUCACAGCGAAGGACCGCACCCUUUUCCAUAACCCCUUGUACAUCGGGAAGAGCACGCCCUGCGUCCAAAACGGUUCUGUGAAAUCUUUCAAACGGACAAAGAAAAGCUACAGCUCCACGCUGAGAGGAAUGCCCGCUGCCUUCAAGAACGGCGUCCUCGGCGACCCAGACUUAGUCCCCAGGAGAAAUUCGUUAAUCCUACCGGCAAAGCCCGAGCGCCCUCAGCCCCCCGACGGCCGGCAGAGCGGGCUGGAGCGCUACUUCACCGAGUGGUGCUCCCGACCGGCCGACCUGCACGGCGUCCUUCUGCCGCACGUGUCCGGGCCGCGCGUGAAGCUCUGGAAACUCUGCUACUUCCGCUGGCUGCCGGAGGCGCAGAUCAAGCUGGGCGGCUUCAUCACUGCCUUUCACAAGCUCUCCGUGCUGGCCGACGAGGUGGACGCGCUCAGCAGGACGCUGCGGCAGCCCCGGGCCGGCCCCCCGCAAGCCUGCCCUCCGGGGCUGGACAAGAGCAGGAUGUACUUCCGGGCCGGCGGCCCGCACGACGCCCCGGGGACGCCGGACUUCCUCUCCUCCUCCUUUCCCUUCUCCCCCGUAGGCAACCUGUGCAGGCGAAGCAUUUCAGGAACGCCACUAAGCAAAUUUUUAAGUGGGGCCAAAAUAUGGUUAUCUACUGAGACACUAGUAAACGAAGACUGAAGGGUCCGAUUUGCUGAACGUUGGGAGGGAAGCCACAGACUUCUCCUCUGAAUUAAAAUUGCUAACCUAGGCAUUUGAGGCUCUAAGAAUUUUCUAUGUCAGAAUAACAGUGGAAAUUUGCACUAAUAUUUGGAAACCUGUUGAAUUAGGCUUCCUUCGUAAUUUUUUUUUUUAGAAACAGGCAGAACUUCUCUUUUUGAUGGCCUCUUUUUGCCAUUGCAGGUCUGGCCAGUUGUAGGUGAUCUGGAGGCAGACCUUCCCCCACUCUUACUACUGUGAGCAAACCAGUUAACAGGAAAGUUAGGAAAUUAGUGUGUAGUAGGUUUUCAAGAUGCAUCCGGUAAGCUCCCCCCACAGGCAUUAGGAGGUAUUCAUAGAUUUUUCCGGUCACUGUCCAUUCUCUGCGAUCACCGGAGGGCUCAGUAUUUCCAAGGCCAUAAUUUAUUGUAGAUCACCUUGUUUGGGACCGUAGAUCACUGUGUUUUAAAAUCCUGAGUUUGCUUUCACCUUCAUAGGACUAAUAUGCACGGUUGACUUCGAAAGCAUUUGCUGUAGGUAAUACCAACUUAGAAGUGCCUUUGACAUUAAUAUUAAUUAAGGUACGCAUUAACACAAAGUAAACCACAGUUGCAGUUUUUAAAAUAAGGGUGUUAAAAGCCUGCGUAUUGGAAACAGGCUUUUCGCCUCGGAGCUUCCUGCCGGUAGCCAGGAGUCCCCCAGAGCACAUUGCCUUCCCUCUGAGAGUCAGCGAGGACAAGCGGCCGUGGGGGGGCAGGUGCGCGUUGGUGGGACCGCGGCCAGGGAGAGUGCUGUCCGCCAAAACCCUCCCGCAGAAAGAGCCCGCUUGCUCCCGGGCGUUUGGGGCGUCGCCGUCUAGGCCCAGGGUGGUAGGGGGUCGCGGACACUUGCCCUUGGCGAUCACUAAGGUGGCCGUGAGUCCGCUCGUCUGUGCGGAAGGCCCUCCUCCCCCCGACGAAGUGCCUGGCGGCGCCGUAGAGCCAACAGGGCAAAUGACAGGGCACUUCUCUCAAAAGACCGCCAUUUCCGUGUGGAGAGAACCCCCCGCCCCCCGGCCUCUGCCAGCCGUGCGGAGAGGGAGAAGCGUGCACGCAGGUGUGUGGGGGUCACCCCGUGGGACCGGACGCAAGCGAGCGCUGCGGGCUCCUUAGGGCGGUGGCCUUCACCCCUCCCUCCGAUGCGCACCCCCAGGCCCUGUUGACAGGUGGAUGUUUUCAAAUUGGGCUGUUACUUAGAGUUUCUUCAUUAAAUGCCGUCUUAAGCUUUACAGAAGUUUUGCAGUGAAGUGGUUAAUAUUUUCUAAAACAAGUUUUUUCAGAGCAGUGUCUUACUGUCACGUGUAAUGAAUAGCGGUUUCUGUUUGAAUUAUUCGCCUUUUUAAGAUUGAUGUCUCUGGACUUUGAGGACAGAAGUUUUCAUAGAAUGUCUUCGGAAAUUCAUCUGUGGAUAAGCCCAAUGUUUUUGCCAACCUAGGCCUGGAAAGUCGGGGCUUUUCUCAGUAGCACUGUUACUACUAAACGUUUUAUAGUCCCUGAUUGGAAACCAGUCCCAGGCGCCUUAAAAUCCCACAGCGUAUCCUGCCACAGAAAGUGUCAUAAUUCUCCCUUUUUGAUUAAGCUGCCUUUUUAUUAUUACAAAUUAUUCUAAACUAGGGGGGUUUUGGAGAUGGAUUGUUGAGCAUUUGUAUCUUUAUACUUAUCUUUCCUCACACAUUUAUCUCAACUCCUUGAGCAAUUUUUUUGUUAAUUUACAAGCUUAAAGGAGAUUAGGUACUAUCAAUACUGUUUUAAAAUAGAAAAUGUGCAUAUUUUUGUAUGAUAAACGUAGUAAAAUACGGUUUUUCGUUUUAUUUUCGCUGGACAGUUGUAUCAUGAUUACCGUGCCGCAGGUUACCGCGCACAACAUGAUGUACAGCUGUAACGACGUCAAGUCGUAGCCGUCGUGAGGCUGCCGGCACCUCUGCUGGCCCGGGGCGGGGGGGGGGGGGGCGGGGGAGGGGGGCCGGCGGUGGGCCCGGCGCAGGCGCGUGCAGGAGCCGAAGCCACACCGGAGGGCGCCUCCCGCUCUGGCUCCGGCCCCGCUGCCCUGCGAGCCAGGUUCGUGCCGCACGGGCCCGACCGCUUGGGACUCCUAGUACUGGUGAAAGAUGUACAAUGUCUUACUGUUAUUUUAUGAUGGAGACCGGUUCUAAAACCAAAAAUGUCUUAACUUUAUUUAAGAAAAGUGUAUUAAUUUGUGCUAACGGGGAAAAUCAGCCAGCAUACCUUCAACGAAACCUGCUUGCCGUAGCCGUAACCUCAAGUAGUUAGAACUUGAUUUUGAGAGAAAACUAAAAACCUUUGUGCCUAAAAUUGAUGGACUUCAGUUAAAGUAGGAUGAGCAGGAAGAUGAGAGAGCCUGCUCAACAGUGAUGACUGUGAAGGAAAUUUUGACUGCUAAAUAAAAUUCCCACAGAACUUGGUGGUUGUAGUUGUUAUCAAUAUGAGAUCAUCUACAAGAACGUCGUGAUUCAAGAAGCGAAGGCGUCUUCUUCCAACUCUACUUGUGUGGGUGUCAUCCACUCAGGUUUUUUUGCCUGCUCUAAAGCAAGACAGUGAUAGGUAACAUUUUUAACAUCGAUUCAGAACUGGCUGUAGUUAAGGCCACGUGGGUAUUAAUGGACCAUGCCCUAACCUGUCCUUCCGUUCAGUAAAUCACCAAGCUGGGGAGUAACAUUUCCCUAAGAAGGUCUCCGAACCAGUCUGUGGGGACUGGGGUCCCCAUCCCGGACUCCUGGUCCUAUAGUUCUGGUUAGUUGCCUUCCUACCGUAUACCUUCCUCAGCCUAGGGCUCUUACGAACAGCCCUGUUGCAGUGACACCGUGUAUACAGAAAAUUGCCCCUCUAGUCAUGAGGGAGGGACAGUUGCCUUUGAUAAAGACUGUUCAUUCCUUUGAUGAUCUAGGCCCAAUUAGUAAGAGCAAGUUAAAAGGUAAGGAAUUUAAUGAGAAUUUAUUUUUAAUUCCCAGAGAAAGAAUUUCAUCUGUUUGUGCCCUUCUUAGAUAAUCAUAAAACAAGAAUGUUUAACAGCUGCGUAUAUCCGGGCAGUAUAGAAAACCUUAAAUACAGGUCUCUCCAGUAUACUAAACUAGAGACAUUGGGUAUGCUACUUUUAUAAAAGACCAAAAGCUAUGAAACAUCCCAUUUGUUUGGAUUUUUUCCAGCUGUUUUGCAAGUGUAGCUUAGUAACAUAGAUGCAUCCCUUUCCUAAAAUGGCCACCAAGGUUAUAAGCUUCUAGAAAGUUCAUUACCUGCUAUGUGGAAUCAAUGAGUACAUUCAAGCCAAGACCAAGUUUUAUGACACACAGACACUGGACAAUGAUGAGUCGUAAACUCUCAGGUUUAUUACUGACAUAACAAAGUUAAAUAAAAUGUAAUGAUGCUUUAUGCUUUUGAAAAUCAAUCCAUGUGUCACCAGACUCCCCCAACUCGACAGCUCUUAGGUGAGGCUUUUGCUCUUAGCUCCAACAGCAACCACGUGGCAGACUUCUACGUCGGCCCCCAACUUCUGCAGUUCAUCCAACCAGAGCAUUUGCUUAUGUGAAAGACGAUCACUGGGGCCUUUAACUUCCACCAGCUGGAAUGUAAGUUUUAAAAAAGUUAUUUAGUGGGCGCCUGGGUGGCUCAGUUGGUUAAGCGACUGCCUUCGGCUCAGGUCACGAUCCUGGAGUCCCGGGAUCGAGUUCCGCCUCGGGCUCCCUGCUCGGCGAGGAGCCUGCUUCUCCCUCUGACCCUCCCCCCUCUCAUGUACUCCCUCUCUCUCAUUCUCUCUCUCUCAAAUAAUAAUAAAUCUUUAAAAAACAACAACAACAAGUUAUUUAGUAUCUUACUGAAACAGAAUAGCCAAGUAUGCUAUAGUAGUUUUCACUGACACUGCUCUACUUACAUAUAUAAAACAAAGAUACAUGUAUGAAGUUCACUUGAGAAUUAUUCUGUAGAAAGUAGGCAGUUCUUCAGAGAAUUACUACAUUGUUUCUGAAUAGACAGUUGACAAAUAGUUUUAAAGCAUACACUAGAUUAUUGCUCCCCUGCUUAGAAAUUAUUUACUUUCUAAUCACAGAGCUUACUUUGUUAUAUUUGCAGUUAAAUCCAAACUUUUGUCAUGACUUACAAAACUAUCAUCUGGACCCUGCCAACCACUCCAAAGUUCCUGAGAAAGACCAACCUCUUCCCAACCGAAGGGCCCUUCCAUACGCUUGCUGUUCCCUCUGCCCAGGACACUUCUUCCUGUUCUUCACAUGUCUGACUUCUUACUUUCAAUGCUCAGCUUAAAUCCCCCUCCUAGAUGUCCAGCACAUCUCAAAGCAGGGUCCUUCUAUGCACUUCCUCCACGGCAUUUAUCAGAAGACAAAACUGUUCAUUACAUACCAGCUCCAUGAAGGCAGGAACUGUGUCAGUUUUAUUCACUGCAGAUUACUGAACUUCAAAAUGGCAAUAAAAACUAUCCAGAUUUUCCAAAUUUGAUAGAAACUACAAACCCAAAGAUCAAUGAACCCCAGGCACAGAAACAUAACACUAUACAAAGAAACAUAAUGAAGUUGCAUAAUUGGUGAUAAAGGGAAUAUUCUAAAAGCAGCUAGAAUUUUUUAAAGCCUAAAGGGAAAGACUACACAUUUAUCAUUAAAAAACAAUGCAAGCUAGAGGACAAUGGACCAGUAUUUCAAAUUACUGAAAGGAAAAAACUAUCAACAUAGAAUUUUUUCCUCAGAGAAAAUAUCUUUCAAAAGCAAAGAUGAAAUGAAGACUUAGACAUAGAAAACCUAAAUUAUUCAUUACUAGCAGGCCUCCAUUUCAAGAAGUGUUAAAUUCUUUAAGCAGGAGGACUACAGUACGUGGAGGACUACAGUACGUGGAAAUCUGGAUCUUUACAAAGGAAUAACAAGCAGUAAGAAUUUCUAUCUAGGGGGAGACCUGGAUGGCUCAGUCAGUUGAGCAUCCGACUCUUGAUUUCGGCUCAGGUCAUGAUCUCAGGGUCCUAGGAUCAGGCCCUGCAUCGGGCUCCGGGCUCAGCAGAGGCUUGAGGAUUCUCUCCCUCCCUCUCCCUCUUCCUCUACCUCUCCCGCUGCCUGUGUUCUCUCUCUCUCAAACCAAUCAAUCUUUGGGAAAAAAAAAAAAAAAAAUUUUGUACCUAGGGGAGGAAAACUAAUUUCUAUCUAUGUGAGUAAUUAUAAAGAUUCUUAAAUCAACUGUAGAAAGCAAAAAAAUGUAGAAUUUAGAACAUAUAGAAAAAUGAUGUAUGAACAGUACAAAGGCCAAGAGAGGAGAUAUAAAAACAUGUUUUUUAUACUAUACAUGUAAUAGCAUAACAUCACUUGAAAGACAGGAAGCUUAAGAUCUACACUGGAGCAACCACUUACAACAAUUAUAGCUAACAAGUCAACAAAGGACUAGAAUACAAUCUUUAAAAAAAAAAAAGGUAGAAAAAG